AUGGCCCCUCAAUCGCCAUUCUUUUUCUUCGGAACUCAAUCUUUGCAUUUAACGACCGACAUGGACCAACAAGCUGCGUCAGAAAAGAGCCCCGGGCAGCCGGCAGUAAAGGCGAGGAAGCGGAAUGCUGCCGAUGCAGAGUCCAUCCCUGAGACAGUGGCUACUGGACGAAGCAAGAGGGGCAAGUAUACCACUGUAGCUUGGUCGGAAAAGUAUAAUCAGAGUCUUGUUAGUGAAAUCUCACAACUUCGCCAACAAGUCUCCGAGUUGAUCGUCGUAGUACACGAACUCAAACAACAAACCCAGCGACCCCAGAGCCAGAACCCGGCAACAGUCUCACCGCAUACACGCGACAACAUCGCCAUACAUUCGCCAGCAAGUGCGCGUAGCCAAGUCCCACGACAGCCCCACUUCGUCGGUCCAACACGAUCAGCGUUUGGUAUUCUUGUCGGCGAACGGUCGCUGAAUCGUAUUGGAGUACCAAAGUUCGACUCGAUGCCCCCAAGUGGUGCACAGUCUCCUGUUGGGCCGACGAGUGAUGAACCGAUCAGUGACUUGGACUUCUGGAAUUGUUGUACUGCGAAUGAUGUAACAAGAUAUUUGGUCACAUUCCAGGAAGAGGUUGAGAGUGUGUAUCCAUUUAUCGACAUUGGCGAUUAUAUUGCACAAAGCAAAGAAAUUCUGCAGAUAAUCCAGGGGGCAAGCUCUAUCACAAAUGAUGAAAGAUUGUGCAGUCAAGAUAUUACACUUGCAAAAGUUGCGAUAGCCACGGGGCUUAUCUUGGACGAGCCGAUUGAAUCUAUCGAGCAUACUCAGUCCGCAAGUCGACCUCAAGGAAAUCCAAUUACUUGCAAUGCUGGCGAAGAACUUCUCGCUUGGCGAACCAUCGGCAUCGCCGCUCGCGAAGCCCUGGAAAUGGGCCUUCAUCGCAAGCGGAGCUUGCUGGACAACUUCAAAGACACCGACUCUCGCAGACUGGCCACAAGAGUCUUCUGGUGUGUCUAUGUUUUGGACCGAAGAUGGAGUUUUGGAACGAGUUUGUCAUUUGCGUUGGUUGACAAGGAUAUUGAUCCAGAGUUACCCAAGCCAGAUGAAGAAUAUCUCUAUCUCCAGUGUAUGGUCGGUUACGGCCAGUUGUGUUCCAGAAUCUGGGAAGCGAUUCCACCUUUUGGGUCUGCGUCACAAAGUAUACCAGAUGACACGGCCGCAGCACUGGACUUGCAAACUCAAGACUGGCUGGAGUCUAUCCCUUCCCAUCUGAGGCUUCGUCAUCCGCGGUUGGGACUUGCUCCGCGCGCACAGCCAAGACUCCCCCACCGUCUCCGUGCACUUUUGUAUUUGCGUGGGAACUACGUUCGGAUCCUGAUCUAUCGACACCAUCUCAUGAGCACAGACAGUAUCGCAUCUAACCCUCAAAGUGCAUGGCUUGUGGUUGACAUUGCACAAGACACCAUCCAAGUCUUGGUUCAUUUGCAUUCUACAACAGACAUCUACUCCAGACAGCAGAGUGCGUUCAACUACUUCCUCCUUAGUGCUUUGGCUGUCUUGUUCCUGGCUGUCUGUCACGCCCCAGAGACGUUCUCUGCACCGUGUCGACGGACGUUUUCUGAUGGGGUCGACCUUGUUAGGGGCCUUUCAAGACACAGUAUGGUCAGCAAGCGGCUUUGGAAGAGUAUCAGGGGAGUGAUACCGAGGAUUAAAAGCUUUGGGUUCCCCACGACUCAGAAUGAGAGUCAGGAACAAAGCGAAGGGGAUGGGGAAGCGACAGGAGGCGCAAAUGGGCAAGUCGGCCCAACGCAACUGACGGCAGCAGUGGAAGAGCAGAUGCCUGUUCCUACCAUUGAUGGUGAAGCUUUACCUUUUGGGGACAUAGUGAUGCCUGAGGGGGACUUUCUUGGCUCCGUACCUGACAUGUUUCAGAUGAGAAAUGAUCUACUCGAUCUUUUCGAUGCAAUUGGGCAAGGUCAACAGUUCCUACAACCUGUUCCUGGCGCAUUCACGCAUGAUACGGAUUUCGCAACAACUACUGAGGAGACCCAUGAUAUCUCAAUGCGUUUUCAAGGACUUAUCUAA